AUGAUGCAAUUGGCAUUAUUAGGCUGAUUAUAAUUAUGAUCGGUAGGAUUGCGUGACUAGUUUAUUGAUUGAUUGAUCUGAUCGCCUGACCAUAUCUCAACUAAAGGACUCCUGUUACUACAAGUCUAUUUCUACCAAUUUAUCAUCCUCGUCAUGGAAAACCACGCCGCAACUCCAGAAGUUAUGCCGAACAGUGCAGGUGGCGGCAAAACCAACGCCAAUGGCCACGCUUCACCUGCGGCACAUGAUCCCGCCCAUCAACUUCUGAAGGCUGCCCAGACUGGUAACAUAGACAAGGUGGAGGAGCUACUGAACAACCCAGACUCCGGAAUAACAGUCAACAUGGCCAAUAGUGGUGGACUGACGGCAUUGCAUUUAGCCGCUCGCAAGAACCUGCCGGAGAUGUGUGCUUUUCUGCUGGACAAGGGAGCUGAUCCAAGUUGCAAGUCUAAUCGUGGCAACACAGCUCUGCACAUUGCAGCACUAGCGGGUCACCUGACAGUGGUGAAACUGUUGGUGGAGAGGAAGUGUGACAUUAACUCCAAGGCACAGGGAUCCUUCACGCCCCUCUACAUGGCCGCCCAGGAAAACCAUCUAGAUGUGCUCAAAUACCUCUUGCACAAGGGCGCAGAUGAAACUGUCACUACAGAGGAAGGAUUUACUCCACUAGCAGUUGCGCUGCAGCAGCAGCAUGCAAAAAUAGUCGCCACCCUACUAGAAGCGGAGCAUAGUAAGAAGGGGUACAAACUCCCCGCACUCCAUGUAGCAGUUCGGAAAAACGACGAAAAGUCGACAUUGCUUCUGCUGACGAAAAAAUACGACCCCAAUAUAAUGUCAUCGACAAACUUCACGCCGUUACACGUGGCGGCUAGGUAUGGACAUUAUAAAAUUGCGACGCACCUGGUGAACUUUGGUGCCCAUGUAGACCAGGCGGCUAAGAACAGCAUAGUGCCCCUGCAUGUUGCCUCGAAGUGGGGCAAGGUGGAUUUGGUGGAGCUGUUUGUGAAUGCAAAUGCCAAGAUAGAUUACAAGACGAAGGAUGGCCUCACGGGGUUGCACUGUGGCAGUCGAAAUGGGCACGAUGAGGUGGUGGAUAAGCUGUUGGUGAAGGGAGCCGACUUCAAAAUUAAAACAAAGAGUGGUCUCUCGGCUCUGCAUAUGGCAGCCCAGGGCAACAAUGAGUCGUGUGCUCGUCUCCUGUUGCAUCAUGGACUGCCAGUGGAUGACGUCACCAAGGACCUCCUCACUCCACUCCAUAUCACUGCCCAUUGUGGACACUUCGAGACCUGCAAGUUCGUACUAGAGAGAGGCGCCUCACCCGACGCAAGGGCUCUCAACGGUUAUGCAGCUUUACAUAUAGCAGUGAAGAAGAGAAGAAUCCGAAUUAUCCUGCUUCUUCUCAGAGAGUACAACGCAGACCCCAACAUCCCCAACGAGAGUGGAAUGACUCCUCUCCAUGUUGCAUGCUUCUUCGGAUUCGAUGACUGUGCGAAACCUUUGCUUGAUUGUAAAGCCAGAGCCAAUGUCCAGACUAAGAACUAUUUUGAGUCGCCUCUUCAUUUUGCAGUCAGAGGAGGCCAUUACAACUUAGCACAGAUGCUCCUAGACAACGGAGCCGAAGUCAACGCCGAGGCUUUGGAAAAACUCACCCCAUUGCACAUAGCUUCACGAAACGGAGAUUUAGACAUGGUAAAACUAUUGGUGAAACGAGGGGCAGAUAUUGAGCACGAAGCUCUAGACAACUACAGACCCAUUCACAUGGCGACGCGCGAGGGCCAUCCACAAGUAGUGGAGUACCUUCUUCAGAACAAAGCAGAGCCGAACUGCCUUACGAAGAAACAACUGUCGCCAUUGCACUUAGCAGCCAAAUACGACAAACCUGAAGUCGCACAAGUGCUUUUGAAGUCCGGUGCUAAUCCAGACUUAGCCGGAAAGCUUAUGCUGACCCCGUUACACGUCUCAGUGCACUAUUUGCACCACGAUGUUUCAAAUAUCUUGUUAAAAUGCAAAGCGUCGCCGCAUAGUGUGGCUAGUAAUGGCUACACGCCUCUGCACAUUGCAGCCAAGAGAGAUAACAGGAAAGAUGCGCAUAACUUGAUCAGCUAUGGGGCGAAUGUAAACGCCACUAAUGAUAACGGUACAGCGCCGUUGCAUUUGGCAGCGAGAGAGAAACAUCUGCAAAUGAUCCAGUUGCUGGUCAACUCAAAAGGCGAUCCUCAAAUCGCAACUGCUUACCUGGUGACUCCGCUGCAUCUGUCGGCCGAGGCAGACAGUGUGGACUGCUGUGCAUGUCUGGUGGAGCAGUUCGGAGUGGCAAAAGACACCAGGACCAAGGCCGGGUUCACGCCCCUACUCACCGCAAUACACCACAACAACAUGGACGUCGUCAAGUACCUGCUGCGAGUUGGGUGCUCGGUGCACGACACGAAUGAGGCAGGUCAUUCGGCUCUACACAUUGCGGCACACCAGGGCAACACUGCAAUGGUAGAUCUCCUUCUGAGAGAGGGGGCGAACCCGAAUGCGAAGACUCUAAGUGGAGCGACGCCCCUGAUGAUUGCUCAGAAGAAGAGAUACAUUGCAGUCAUUAAUGUAUUGAAACCAGUGACCGAAGUGACCGGAAACAUAACCAUGGAGAUGGAGAAGGACAUUGCUCAGGAGCACAAGCCGGAGUCCAUUGAGACAUUCAACGUCGAAGACAUCGAGGAGGACGACAGCGAUUUGAUGCUGGUUGAUGACAUCAAUGGUCCCUAUGUGAACAAUGAGGACGAGGACUGGCUCAACCAGGAUGACAUCAUCUUCAGCACAACCACCAGCAAACUCAACACCUUCAACAACAACUCCUUCCUCAACCCCGACUCGCGUCCAACCAGCGGUGACAUCAUCGGCGGAUUCGCCAGUCGACCGACGAGUGGCACCUCCAACAUCUCUGGAUUGACCAUCUCUUCUUACAGGGAGAGGUACGAGACCUGGAACAGACUCUCAGUGACAGACUUGAACAGAAUGAAAAGUGGAACCAUGAGCGACGAAGGAGGCGACGAUGGAAUAGAUCUCGCUAGAUCCAGGAGGGCUGGGUUCUUUGUGUCCUUCGUGGUGACAGCGAAAGGUGUGACCCAGAGAGGAGCCAGACAUUCUGGCAUCAGGAUCAUAAUUCCCCCAAGGAGGGUGGAUGAGCCCACUAGGAUCAAGUGCAGAUACAUCCGACCUGAGAAGAUGGUGAAGAAAUACCCCAAGGCGGAGGGAGAGGCAUUCGCAGCCAGACCUCUGGAGAUGGACCCGCCACAUCUCAAGUUCAACGGUACUGUGAUUCUGGAGGUGCCCCACUUUGCGGACUUGUGCAAUGGGCAGAGGGAGAUAGCAGUGCUGAACUGCAGUGAGGCGGGAGUGUGGACGGAACACACGCAGGAACCCCUGGAGAAACAGAUCGAGGAGGCUCUCAACAUCUCCAUGGCCACCGAAGCGCGAAAAAGCACCAUCGAUCAGAUCGCCCAAGAAGAUUUACAGACUCCUCGAAUCUGUCGAGUAAUCAUGCGAGAGUUCCCAAAGGUGAUGCUUCUGAUCUCGCGAAUAAAGAAAGACGUUAGUCCCAUCGGGCCCAAAGGAGGCCUACUUUCUUCAUCUGUUCAUGCACAUGUACAAUUGUCCUUCCCCGAAGAGGCUCUCAAAAAGACCAUUGAAAUCGGACUCCAAGUGUACAAGAUGCCGACUGAUUUGGUCAGAAGGAUUUGUGGGUCCAAGUUCAGAUGCAGUCCAGUGGUUACUGUCGAGCCUCAAAGAAGACGCUUUCAUCAAGUUUUCACAGUGUACCUUCCCCACCCUUCAAGUGACUACCCAGCGUGGCCCGCGGGAACGAAGACAGAAUUGAGAGUCCUUAGAAGCGUCCAGGCCAAGACAGAUCCCUCGGUCUUUGAAGACAAAACAGAGUCGUUUGUUUUGAACAAGCCAGACAAAGAUGGCAGAAUCGCGUUCACGACUAUGAUCUCAGGGCGAUAUUGGGUCAUCGAGUACGCAAUGCCCGAAAAUACGAGCUCAGAGUCAGCCGAGGGUAAGAUGGUGUUGGACAGGAAUCUGAAGAUGGCCGCUGAGCUCUACCGAGAAGCGAUGAUCGUGCCCUACCAGGCCAAGUUUUUCGUAUUUGGGAAGCGUCAUGACGAGCAGCAGGCUCUUGUGAGGGCGUUCCUGAUGUUAGACGACAAACAUGACCCCUGUCUGGAGAACCAGCUCAACUUCUCCCUAAUCUCCAAGAGCAGAGACAUCUCGGUGCUGGACAUGGCGAGGACAUUUGUGGAGAUGACCCAUGGAAACCUGCAGGCGGCCUCCUCCGGAAUAGAAAAGCAGCCGGACACAGUCUUCGUGCCUUUCAGAGAGAACCGUAUCAUGUUCUUUGUGCAAGUGCGUGACGAUGAGCAGGCGCCAGUUGGCACCGUGGAUUUCUAUCCCCAGCCAAGGGGAGUGAUCAUGAAGAGGACGGACGAGGAGAAAGAGAAGCUGAGAUUGUGCAGACUCACCAUCACCCUCCCAGACUACGUCAAGUCUGAAGACAAAGCUGGAACAAUCAACUUUGCAUCCACCGAUAUCCUGAAGAAGAACCCAACACUGUGUGACCCCAACCUCAGUCCCAACAGUUCACACGAGAGGGCAAUGCUCAGACUGGUCAAAGUAGCCAGCCUGCUGGGUGAAGACUGGCACAUGCUGGCCGAGACUCUGAAGAUCGAGGCUAAUGUGGUCGGAAUUUUCUGUGAACAACAGGACGCCAGCCAGAGAGGCAUCGCGAUGUUGAGGCACUGGGCGGAGAAAGAGGGCCAAGAUGCAAGUGGGUUUGCUUUGACCAGAGCUCUGCAGAUGAUUGGCCGGGAAGACAUAGUUAAAGAGGCGAUGGGCCCCAGCUUCAAAUUACCCUCGGACAGAAACAUGGAGGAGAUUGAAGCUUAUGUUGGCAGAUUUCAAACGGCAAAGUUCGACCCCAUGGGCAAACCACUCGAAAGUCUGAAGGUCGAUUCUUCGCAAGUCGUACAGAAUGGACUCCCAUCUCCAGUGUUUAACCCCUCAAGCCCUCCUACAACUCCGUCCCGUUCCCGAAAUCCCACUAACCUUUUAACCUCAACCCCUAGUGUCGCGGCAGAUGCUCAUGAAGACGAAAAGGAACCCGACGUUCCCGAUAAACGACACAGUGUAGACCUCCGAGUUGGAUCUCUUCUGGCUUAUGAGUCAGUUGAUCUUGAGAAAACUGUUGACUUUAGAGACGGACCUGCAGCUCCCACGGCGAAUAUUUUCAAGCUCGAAGAUUUACCCGAGCAUGAACAUGCGUUGAAUGGAAGUGUGGAAACUGAAACCGAAGUCUCACAGUCGCUAGGCGAAAGUACGGCUAUAGACCUGCGUCAUGUUAAAGAUGAAACGGUAUCUUCGUCGCCUCUGACUAUCCAGACUCCGGAUGAACAGUUGGUCUCACUGCCUCCCUCCACCACCGAAGAGACAACUCCGGCAUCGCCGCAAACUUUCGAAAGCGAUAACGUGCCAGCUGAUAUCAUGUUAUCACCAAACGAGACCAACGAAAAAGAAAGCGAACCUGAGACUGAAACUAUCAAAUCUCUAGAAGUAUCUGAAACUCAGUCGGACUUGGUUGAACCUCAAAAUGCGACAGACGAAUUUACAGUUAAGGAACAUAAAUCGAGUGCAGAAGAAAACUUAGAGAACAAAAAUUACGAAAAAGAAAAUGAGGAUCGUGAUACUGAAAUUAACGAAAAAGAAGAUGCUGAAAAUGAUAACGAGUCUUCGCCCGAAACCGAACAGGAAAACGAAACAGUUGAAAAGACGGAAGAUGACGAUGAAGCCUCGACUACCGAAGAAGAUGAGUCGCAUCUCUUGGGUCCCAAAAGUACUAACCUAGUUAGCGAUUAUAACCGAGCUCAUGCUGAUGAUCUCUCUAGCCCUACUUCUCCUACUUCAGACAACUUCUCCCUCUCGCUGAACUCCUCGUCGUCCAUAAAGCCCACCUCUGAAUCAGAAGCAACGCACCAUUCCCAACACGACAAGUCCCCCUCCUCUCCUCUUACGCCCUCCUCGUCGUCCCCACCUCCACUCGCACCCGAAGCACAACCGGAUGACACUACCAACUAGCAGUCAGUGAGGCAUCACUAAUUCGAACACAGAUUAUGUAGACAAAAUCAGAUCGACCGCCCUCCCGUACGGAUGGACAGAUUAUUUAUUCAUGAAAGUUGACCCUGAAGCUGCAGCACCGAAUGACAGACAGUUCCUGGUCAAGUUGGCGAUAAUAAAACUGUUCAAAACUGAAUUAUAUUUUUACAAAUAAAUUCGAAUCAAUUGCUCCUAAUAUCAUACAAUUAACGUUGCGAAGUGCUUCAUGCUUAUUUGAAUGAAACAUUUGUUUUUAACAUAGAUAUAGGUAGUGCAAAGGUGUUUGACGUCCCGUGGGUUUAAUGUUAGGUCCAUUUAGUAAAUGUGAAUUACUUUGAAUGCUAGUGAGUUCACCGCAGAUUGCUAGUUUCUCUCAACUAGGAUCCUCAACCUUUCCAAAUAUAGCUGAUGAAAGUAAAAACUGGCUCAACUAAUCGAAGUGCUACAGAUGUUUCUUAUAAAACUUAUUACGGAUAAAAAAUUUGACGCGUAUUUAUAUCGAAUAAAUUAAUUUUGUUUUCUACAUCUGGCAUUUGGGGGCUAAUUAUUAUUUCACGUUAAUAAAACUCAAUGUAAUCGGACUUAGUCGUCGGCUUUUGGCGUGUAUGAUGUGGCGCAAAUACACGUUAUUGUUGUUGUCGUUUUGUAUCAGUUCUGGUGAAUUAAAUUACUAUUCUGCUUUCUUUAUCUCCUGAAAACAAAAUUCAAUUGCGAGGCGAAGUCCUUCUUCCUUCAACCAAUCUAAAUUAAUAAUUUUGCAGUUUUGGUUUUGCAUGGCUACCUGUAUCAUUUCAAUACCGUCCCUUUAUUAAACGUACCAUCAUAACUUCCGAUUUUACCCAUCAGAAUAAGGUACGAAAAAUAUCGAAGUUAUGAUGUUUAGUUUCAUGCAUUCAAUUUUUCGAGGGCCUUGUUAAAUUUUCCACACUCUAUUUUUCCACUUGGGUUUCCAUACUGGAGGGGUUCUUCUAUGCGUUGGUAAUCUGUUAAGAAGUUAAAUUAUUGAGCUUUGAACCUGUUUCUUUGGUAUAAGUCACUGUCAAUACAUUCAAUUUACACUAAAAAAUAUCAAGUUGACAAUGGCUUCAAUCUCAAUCUAGCAUAUUUUAAUGAUAUUCAUGGUUUUAUAAAAGCAAAUGUCGACAAUGCUUUAUAAAGAAUUUAAUUUUUCAUAGUUUC